AAAAAUCUCUGAAAAGGUCAGCAUUUCUCCAGAUGCAUUUCACAAACAGGCUUCUUAUAUAUUCAGCUGUGAAAUUAGGUUACAUUUAAAGUCAAUCCGACUGUGCGCGCUCCACGGCCCUGUGAUGAGGACGCGCAGACGCGCGUCAGUCGAAGAGAGAGCGACUGUGUGUGACUUCAGUCUGUCGAGUCUGAACUGAACAGAUCACUGUUUGAGGAGUUACAGGGAUAUUUCGUGUUUCUUGGGUCAUCACACAGUGACUUAAAUAUGAAGGUUCUACAUCUGUGUUUGUUCGCGACUUUUUGGAGAGCUAUGCAUGCUAUCCAUCCAGAUUGUGCUAUUAUCUCCCAGCUUAUCCAAGACCAAGAGAUCUGCACCCAGACUACGAAGAGAGAGAUGAAGAACAAGUCCCAACAAACAGGUUGUGGGACCAAUUGGGAUGGGAUCCGCUGCUGGCAUACAGCCAAUUCUGGACAACUCAUUAAUGUGUCCUGUUCCGAAGUCUUCCAGCAUAUCUCUAACACUCAAGGUUUUAUAUACAGGAACUGCACGGCUCAUGGCUGGAGUGACCCGUAUCCUCCAUAUGCAGAGGCCUGUGCAUUUGAAGAUGAUUCAGAGUCUGGGACUGUGACAACUUACUUAUCGACUUUGAAACAGCUGUACACUGCAGGAUAUGCAACAUCGCUUAUAUCACUCAUUACCGCUGUUAUCAUAUUCACAUGCUUCAGGAAGUUCCACUGUACCAGAAACUACAUACACAUCAAUCUGUUUGUUUCCUUCAUCUUGCGGGCUAGUGCAGUCUUCAUCAAAGAUGCCGUUCUGUUCUCAGAUGAAACUCAGAACCACUGUUUAAUGUCCACGGUAGCGUGUAAGAUUGCUGUAACCUUCUUCCAGUUCUGCAUCCUGACUAAUUACUUCUGGCUGCUGGUGGAAGGCAUGUACCUGCAGACGCUCCUCGCCCUCACGUUCGUCUCGCAGAGGAAGUACUUCUGGUGGUACAUUCUAAUAGGAUGGGGUGUCCCAUCAGUUGUGCUGAUCGUGUGGGUGUUGACCAGACAAUUCUUUGAUAACAGAGGAUGUUGGGAUGACACAGAUAAUAUGAACAUCUGGUGGAUCAUUAAAGGACCGAUCACAGCAUCACUGUUUGCUAAUAUCAUCAUCUUCCUAAAUGUGAUUCGAAUCUUGGUUCAGAAAUUGAAAAGUCCUGGAGUUGGUGGCAAUGACACGGGUCACUUCAUGAGACUGGCUAAGUCCACCUUGUUUCUGAUUCCUCUGUUUGGGAUGCACUACACUCUGUUUGCCUUUCUGCCAGAAAACACGGGUGAAAUAGUCCGGUUCUACAUCGAACUCGGCCUGGGAUCCUUCCAGGGCUUUGUGGUGGCACUUCUUUAUUGUUUUCUCAAUGGAGAAGUACAGGCAGUGUUGAAGCGCAGGUUGUGGACGUGGCAGACCCAGACUCACCUGAGCCCCAGUAAAAAGCGUCGGGUCACUGUUACUCAGAUCAUGAUGCAUGAGACUGCUCAUCCACAGACUGACAUCUGCAACGGCUACAUCACGUCUGUGUGAACACACCUGGAUGUUGCAGGCAGAACAACAUGCUAAAGACUUCAAGAGCUUCCCGCUCAGCUCUGGAGUGUGGACGACGGUCACACGAGAGGAAAUAGGUCACCGUAUGGCACUUAUCAAGGUUGUGUUGAAAAUACCAGAGUUAUGGAUUUGUAAAACUACAACGAGAUGUUUGUGACACAGCAAGUGUGUGGAGGUUUGAAUAAGAUUUGAUCGAGGACCAGUAGAUAAUGUGGCCUGUUCCUGAGGGUGGCUUUUUUGGCAAAUGGUUGAUUGACAUUUUAAAAAUCUGAUUGUAUAAUUAUUUGAUUUUGGUAUGAGAAUGAUUAUAAAAUGUUAAGAAUUUUAUUUACAUCCUCAGUCUUGCGCUAGAUGCCGUAAUCUGUAAACUGAUAGUAACACGAUUCAUGUUUAUCAGUUUGGAGGCAUUUCAUUCUUAAAGUGAUUCAUAUUUAUUAUUGCUGAUGAUGUGCCAUGGCUUUUUUAUAACUGUUUUUUAACUUAUGAAUUGUUUUGAUUUGAACACUUUGUACAUUGACAGAAACUGAUAAUAAUAGUGUGGAUAUAGAUGUAUUUAAGUGGUAGUGUGGUACAGUUUGACUUUUAAGUGUACACUUCUGUUCACAAGAUAUAGGGGUCAGUAAGAUUUUUUUAAUGUUUUUAAAAGAAGUCUCUUAUGCUCACCAAGGUUGCAUUUAUUAGAUCAGAAAUAACUGAAAUAUUGUGAAAUAUUAAUGUAAUUUAUUCCUGUGAUCAAAGCUGAAUUUUCAGCAUCAUUACUCCAGUCUUCAGUGUCACAUGAUCCUUCAGAAAUCAUUCUAAUAUGCUGAUUUGCUGCUCAAGAAACAUUUCUUAUUAUCAGUGUGGAAAAGAGUUGAAACUGAAAUUUUUUUUCAGGAUUCUUUAAUGAAUAGAAUGUUCAAAAGAACACCAUUUAAAAUAGAAAUCUUUUGUAAUAUUAUAUAUGUCUUAGCUCUCAAUUUUGACCAACUUAAUGUAUUCUCACUUUCAUUUCUUUAAAAGAAAAUCUUACUGACCCCAAACUUUUAAAUGGUAUUAUACAUCUGCAGACAUUACAGCUGAAUACCAAUAAUGUACAAUGUUAACUGGAGCACUUAGACUGUAAAAAAAGGGAAUCUUCAGAAAUUUUAACAGUUAUGUUGUAAUGUUACACUAAGAACAAUGUUUACAGCUUUAAAAAUGUAUUAUAUUGUAAUUAAAUUAACUUUGUACCCUU